GUUUUUGUUGCAUAGCUCCGCUUGAACGGAAUUAACUAUAAACGUCUUGCAGUUUCACCGAAAGAUAGAAAAUUGUGGUGAACAAGUAUAUAAAAGAGGGGAUCGCGAUGGUGUUGUGUGUCUUAUAAAAGUAGACGUCGUGACAGGUUAAUGAAGUGUAGUUUCUGUAACAGUCUCUCUCAGGCUAUCAGCUUCACGGUGUAAAAUAAUCUUCAUUUGUAUAUAUGUACGUCGGCUACGAGAAUCAUAUCAAAGCUACACUCAUGAUGCACGACCCCAAAUUGGUACAUGGAGGAAACUACAUCAAGGAGGGUACAGACUCGGCUAAAAGCACUUGUUUGAUUUUUUCACCCAAAGAAGAAGAUUCCGUUGGAGCAUUAGGAAGAUAUCUUCAACUAUUUGCUCAACAUGAGGUCAAUUUAUUGCACAUCGAAUCGAGAAGCUCGCUUCGUCGAUCGAACCUGUACGAAUUCAUGGUGGAAUGCGCGCCCGGUGGAAAUCUUGGAGCAGUGAUAGAAAAUUUACGCGAGCAGUGCAGCUAUUUCUCAAUUAUAUCUAGAAAUCAUAAAGAUAAUAUGGGGACCGUGCCAUGGUUCCCGAGAAGGAUCAGGGACCUCGACAAAUUCGCCAACCAAAUCCUCUCUUAUGGAUCUGAACUGGACAGCGACCAUCCUGGAUUCACGGACCCCGUUUACCGACAAAGGCGCAAGUACUUUGCUGACCUAGCUUACCAUUACAAACAUGGUCAACCAAUACCCAGAGUGGAGUACACUAAAGAGGAGAUCGAGACUUGGGGGGUGGUUUUCCGGAACCUGACGAAACUUUAUCCAAAGUAUGCUUGCAAGGAGCACAAUCACGUGUUUCCUUUGCUGAUUGAAAAUUGUGGCUACAGGGAAGAUAACAUCCCUCAAUUGGAGGAUAUAUCAGAUUUCUUAAGAGAUUCUACAGGUUUUACGCUUCGUCCAGUAGCUGGUCUUCUUUCCUCGCGCGAUUUCCUUGCUGGCUUGGCUUUCAGAGUGUUCCAUUCCACGCAGUAUAUCAGACACAGUAGUAAACCUCUGUACACACCUGAACCUGACGUAUGCCACGAAAUACUUGGUCAUGUUCCGUUGUUUGCCGAUCCUUCGUUCGCUCAGUUCUGUCAAGUUAUAGGUCUGGCAUCCCUUGGGGCACCGGAUGAAUAUAUCGAGAAACUUGCUACGUGUUUCUGGUUCACGGUAGAAUUUGGUAUGUGCCGGCAAAAUGGCGAGCUGAAAGCGUACGGCGCUGGAUUACUCUCAUCUUUCGGUGAGCUGGGGUAUUGUUUGAGCGGUAAACCAGAACUGCGACCUUUUGAACCGGCGAAGACUGCGUUGCAGAAGUAUCCGAUAACGGAAUAUCAACCAGUGUAUUUCGUUGCCGAGGACUUCGAAGAUGCGAAGCAGAAAAUGAUCAAAUUUUCCGAGACCAUACCAAGGAAAUUCGCGGUCAGAUACGACCCGUAUACUCAGAGCAUAAGUAUAAUAGAUAGCAAACACCAAAUCGAGGACCUCAUUUACAAUGUAAAUCAAGAAGUACAAAUUCUUAUGGAUGCUCUCAAAAAAUUAAAGCAAUAGAAAUGAAUAUUCAAUAUUUUACCAGCAGAGAAAACUUUCUUUUUAGCACGCUUAUGUCACUUUUGAGUGUCUCAGAUUUUAUUCAACUCUGCGCAUGCGCAACCAAUAUGACUUGUAUUCCACGCAUGCGCAACCAAUAUGACUCAUGUACUCCGCGCAUGCGCAACCAAUAUGACUCUUGUAUUCCACGCAUGCGCAAUCCAUAUUACUAUCAAGGAGCCUGCUUUGAGUCCGGCUUGACAGCACUUGUUUCUCCUUUCGUCCUAUUGGCAUCUUAUGAAGUUAUUACUUAAAAUUUAAUAAAUAAUAAUUUUUAAAGUAGCAUUAUUAAAAAAGUUGCAGAAAUAUUUCGUUGGGUUUAGGAAUCUUUAUUUGUAAUACGUAUGAAUAUUUUCUUGAAUUUCUUUUAAUCAUGUAUUCCUAUUAUUGUUAAUAUAUAACAAUUUAUUAACUUUUA